CUCCCAGCGCGGCCCUAGCAACGGCCCGCCUGGAGCGCCAGCCAGGACUGGGAGGGCCGCUGUUGCGCUUCGCGGGCUCGGGGGCGGGGGAGCGGGUUGGAGACAUGGCAUCCAGCCAUCGAACAACUUUAGACCAGUGGAAGAAAAAAGCAGCGAAACUUGAAUUGAGUGAUGCCCAAAAACAAGAAAUAAAAGAGGCCUUCGACUUAUUCGAUGUUGACAGUUCUGGAACCAUAGACGUGAAAGAAUUGAAGAUUGCAAUGCGGGCCUUAGGAUUUGAGCCAAAGAAAGAAGAAAUCAGACAAAUGAUAGCGGAAAUCGACAAAGAAGGAAAUGGCACCAUUUGUUUUGAAGACUUUUUUGCCAUUAUGAGUGUGAAAAUGAGUGAAAAGGAUGAGAAAGAAGAAAUACUGAAGGCUUUUAAAUUAUUUGAUGACGAUGCUACUGGCAGCAUAUCACUAAAUAACAUCAAGAGGGUUGCCAAGGAACUAGGGGAAAACUUAACAGAAGAUGAAUUGCAGGAAAUGCUCGAUGAAGCAGAUCGUGAUGGGGAUGGAGAGAUUAACGAGGAGGAGUUUUUGAGGAUGAUGAGGAGGACCAGUCUUUAUUAGCUCUGCUUCUUGCCUUCUAGGAAGUUUUGACAGCUUGCCUGUUAAGCAGUUCAAUAAUGUGAUACUUUGGCUCAUUCAUUUCCAUUUUUAGUUUAUAUGCUCAGCUUAGUCUCUUGGUGUCUAAUCUAUGCAAGAACGUCAUUUAAGUCUGUAGUAGCAACAAUAAAAAAAUGCAUGACUUAUUUGAACCUUGAA